AUGGAUGAGGUGACUCACGUCGUGAGCAAGGCGUUUCAAGAUUUCAACACCUCCAUGGGCGCCCCCGUAGAGGUGUACGAAGAGGAGUUCGGACACCCUGAGACGGGCCCGGGCAUUAUUCAAAGCAUCUGCAAGUCACACGAGGCGUACGCGGUGGUGGCGGACGGCGGGGCCGGCAAGAUCGUGGGUGUGUCCUUCGUCGACGUGCACGCGAAAGGCUCGAGGGUGGCCUGCCUGGGGCCCGUGUCGUCCAUAGCCCCAGGUGCCGGCAAGAAGUCGUUCGUGGCCGCUUGCGCCUACGCCGAGGAGCUCGGUUUCUCUACCCUGGUCCUGAUGCAAAUCGCGGCCAACUCGCGAUCGUUCUCCCUGUACGCCAAGCUUGGGUUCGAGGGACAAGCGUCUCUGAAAGUGACCACGGGUUCGAGAAUCGGGGCUUCAUUCGCACGCUCAACGCUGCCUCUGCCGUACGCUUCAUCCCUCUGA